UCCAGCUGGACUUCAGCAGAGAUGAAGCUCCUACUGCUGAUGCUGAUGAUGAUGACGGUGAUGAUGGAGCGAGCUGCAGCUCAGCACAGAGGUUUGUUUCCAGCCAUCUUUAAUCUGGUCAGUAAUGCAGAGAUCAGCAGCAACGCCACCUGUGGAGACCCAGAACCAGAAGUUUACUGUAAACUGGUUGAACACGUUCCGGGACGAAGAAUCAAAAACCCACAUUGCCCCAAAUGUGAUGCCAACUCUGUCCUGGCCAAAGAGCGUCAUCCAAUCACAAAUGCCAUUGAUGGGACCAAUCAGUGGUGGCAGAGUCCAAGUAUCAAGAAUGGACGAAAGUUUCACUGGGUCACCAUCACACUGGAUCUAAAACAGAUUUUUCAGGUGGCCUACAUCAUCAUCAAAGCAGCUAACUCUCCGCGACCAGGUAACUGGGUCCUGGAGCGUUCUCUGGACGGUGAGACGUUCCUUCCCUGGCAGUUUUACGCCAUCAGUGAAACAGAGUGUUUGUCUCGGUACAACAUCACCCCCAGACUUGGACCCCCCACCUACAAGACCGACACCGAGGUCAUCUGUACCUCCUACUACUCCAGACUGAAUCCACUUGAGCACGGAGAGAUCCACACCUCUCUCAUUAACGGCCGUCCUGGAGCUGAUGAUUUGACCUCUGACCUCCUGAACUUCACAUCAGCUCGUUACAUCAGACUGAGGCUUCAGCGAAUCAGAACGCUCAAUGCUGACCUGAUGACGUUAAGCAGCCACGACCCCCGAGACAUCGACCCCAUCGUUACCAGGAGGUAUUUCUACUCCAUAAAGGACAUCUCUGUAGGAGGGAUGUGUAUCUGCUACGGACAUGCCCAGAGCUGCUCGCUGGAUGAUGUUACUAAGAAGCUGCAGUGUGUGUGUGAGCACAACACCUGUGGAGAAAGCUGCAAUGAGUGUUGCCCUGGUUACCACCAACAGCCAUGGGAACCAGGAACCAUCUCUGAGGGAAACACCUGUGAAAAGUGUAACUGUCACAACAAGACUGAGGACUGUUUCUACAACCAGACAGUGUCUGAACUCUCCCUGAGUUUAAACAGUCAAGGUGUUCGUCGGGGAGGCGGAGUCUGUAUCAGCUGUCAGCAGAACACUGCUGGUAUCAACUGUGAGACCUGCAGGGACGGGUACUACAGACCUCCUGAGGUUUCUCCAUAUGCAGACUUCCCGUGUGUUGAGUGUAGCUGUGAUCUGAGAGGAUCAAAGUCCUCAGUCUGUUCCAGAGAUGACACACAGCCAGGUGUGUCUGCAGGCCAAUGUGUCUGUAAGGAGGGUUUUGCAGGUCGACAGUGUGAUCGCUGUGCCUUUGGAUACAGAGAUUUUCCUCGGUGUGUUCGCUGUGAGUGUAACCUGGCGGGCAGCACCAACACCGAUCCAUGCAGCCCGUGCACCUGCAAGGUGAAUGUGAUGGGAGCACACUGUGACCUGUGUAAGCCAGGUUUUUAUAACCUGCAGCAGAAGAACCCGUUAGGCUGCACUGACUGUUUCUGUUUUGGUGUUUCUGAUGUCUGUGAGAGUUCUGUCUGGACUACAGCUCAGGUGGUUCUUACAGAUGCUUUGUUGCAGCCAUCUCAGCCUCUCCAAUCCCCCCUAGUUGUGUAUGGCAAUGAUCUCCAUAUUCCAAGCAACACCUCCUCUAGAGGUCACCAACAGGUGCUGCAGUGGGCAGCGCCUCAAAGUUUCCUUCACAACAAGCUGAUGUCUUAUGGAGGUUUUCUGAACUUCUCUGUGGCUUAUGACAUCCCAUUGGAUAAUCAAGACCACUCUCUCCCUGCCCACUGUGACAUCAUUAUUGAGGGUAACGGUCAAGCCCUUCGUCUGUCACCUCCUUUUCUCCUCUUCCUCUCCCCAUUGGCUGAGCAACCUGUUGCCAUGGCGUUAACCCCACAGAGAUUUGUGAAUGAUCAAGCUGGAGCUGGUGUAACCCGUGAUGACCUGCUUUUGGUCCUUGCUGAUGUCACAUCACUGUUGGUCAGAGUUCACCUGAAUGCCUCGGCUGAUAGACAAAUUCGUCUCAGCUCAGUGUCUCUGGACGUCGCACAUACUGGAUCAAAUUCUGGUGUUCAAGCUGUUGCUGUAGAGAUCUGUGAAUGUCCAUGGGGUUACAGUGGCACUUCCUGUGAGGCAUGCCUUCCAGGUUUUUACAGAGUGGGAGGAGUCUUGUUUGGUGGUAACUGUAUGCAGUGUGAAUGCAACGAUCACGCCACUGAAUGUGACAUCAAUGGAUUUUGUGUGGGCUGUAUCCAUAACACCACUGGCCCUCACUGCGAUCAGUGCCUCCCUGGUUUCUAUGGUGAUGCAACAGAGGGAACGACAGAUGACUGUCAGUUGUGUCCAUGUCCUCUAAUGGAGGCAUCCAACAGUUUUAGUCCGACUUGUCAGCUGGAGGCAUCUGGCCAGGUGUCAUGUGACCAGUGUCAGGAUGGAUAUACCGGUACCAACUGUGAGAGGUGUGCCAGUGGUUUCUACGGCAACCCACAGGAAGUGGGUGGCUCCUGUGUUCCCUGUAAGUGUAAUGAUAACGUGAACAUCACUGAGGCAGGAUACUGCGACACCACCACUGGAGAGUGUCUGCGUUGCCUUGGCAACACAGCAGGGAAACACUGUGAGAUCUGUCGGCCUGGUUACUAUGGAGAUGCUGUGCAUGCCAAGAACUGUCAAAGCUGUGGAUGUGAUGUCAUCGGUGCUAUCUCAGAUGUGUGUGAAAUCACAUCAGGUCAGUGUUUGUGCAGAGAGAACGUGACAGGACACACCUGUGACCUUUGUCAGCUGGGGUUCUUUGGGCUACAGAGUUUGCUUGGCUGCCAGCCGUGUGGCUGUAGCCAAUCUGGAUCGCUUUCUGAGUCAUGUGAUGAAGAUGGACGGUGCCAGUGUGUGGAGGGUGUGGCUGGAGUUAAAUGUAACCGCUGUGACCAUGGUUACUUUGGUUUCCAUGGCAGUGGCUGCACAGCAUGCAACUGUGAUCACACUGGUGGGAACUGUGACCCUGAAAGUGGAGCUUGCACCUGCCCCGCCCACACAGAGGGGGACACCUGUGACCAGUGUGAGACAGGUCACUGGGGUUACAAUCCCAUCACAGGCUGCAAGCCAUGCAGCUGCAGUGAAACAGGAAGCUCCAGCACCGAGUGUGACCUGGUGAAUGGACAGUGUCUGUGUAGAGACGGCUUCUCUGGCAGGUCAUGUGACUCCUGUACUCCUGGUUACUAUGGUUACCCAGCAUGCUCAGCCUGUGGCUGUGACAUGGCAGGAACAGAAGAGACCUUCUGCAACGCAACACUGGAGGUGUGCGACUGUCAGCACACUGGACAGUGUGUGUGCAAGCCUGGCGUUUCUGGUCGACGGUGUGAGGAGUGUGUCUCUGGUUGGUUCGGUUUGUCAGCUGAGAACCCAGGAGGCUGCUCUCAGUGUUUCUGUUCGGGACUGAGCCGAGACUGUGAGGAGCAGGGAGGACUGACCAGAGUACGGAUGACUGUGGGUGGACCUCCUACUCCCCUGUCAUUGGUCAGCCUGUCGAACAUGCAGCGCGUUGAAUCUGGAGUUUACCAUCAGGGCGAUGAAAUGCUGCUUGACACCCGCCAGCUUAACACCAGCAGGCUUGUCGGCCCGCUCUAUUGGAGAUUACCCCCCCACUUUGAAGGCAUCCAGUUACUGACGUAUGGCGGGCUGCUGUCAUACAACAUCACCUUCUAUGCUGAAGAUGGUUCAGGACUGUCAAACCAGGAGCCUCAGGUGCUGAUUAGAGGUGGGACCCUGAGGAAGCAUGUCAUAUACACAGAUGUGGUUGCCCCUAGCAACGGCGUCAGUACUCAACAUAACAUCAGACUGACAGAGCACAAGUGGAAGUAUUUUAAUUCAGUGUCUCAGAAGGCCGUGAGUCAUCCUGACUUCAUGUCCGUCCUCAGCAAUGUCCAGUACAUCAUCAUCAAGGCUUCAUACGGGACCAGACUGCAGCAAAGCAGGAUCUCUAAUAUCACCAUGGAGACUGCUGUGGUGGCAGGGUCAGAUGAUAUAGGGGGUGUGGCCAGGCUGAUCGAGUCAUGCAUCUGUCCACCUGGAUACAGUGGACUGUCCUGUCAGGAGUGUGCAGCAGGUUUUUUCCGCCAGCCUCAGUCCAAGUUAUCAUCUCAGAAUCUGAAGUCCAUGUUUGUGCAUCCGUGUGUUCCAUGCCGCUGCAACAACCACAGUGAAAUCUGUGAUGCAGAGACCGGAGAGUGUCAGGACUGUCAGCAUCACACCAGUGGGCGAAGCUGUGAGCUCUGUGCCCCGGGGUAUUAUGGGAACAUCACCGGCUCUGUGAGAGACUGUUCACUCUGUGCCUGCCCCCUGAAGGACAACAGUUUCAGUCCCAGCUGUGUGUCAGAAGGAGCAUCCGGAGAUUUCCGCUGCACUUCCUGCCAGACAGGCUAUGAAGGAAGAUACUGUGAGAGGUGUUCUGCUGGUUACUAUGGUAACCCCGCCUCACCUGGGGGGCUGUGUUCUGAGUGUGGAUGCAGUGAGUGGGGCUCCCUCCAUUCACUGUGUCACGAGCUGACUGGACAGUGUGAGUGUAAAGGUGGAGUCAGAGGUCGGUCAUGUGACCAGUGCGAGGAACGCCACAUCCUGCAGGGGGCAGCAUGUGUGUCAUGCAAUGACGGCUGCGCUAGCAUCCUGCUCGAUGACCUCGACAAACUGCACAGCUACUUCCUGUCUGUCAACCUCAGCCGCAUUGCCCUGGCGCCAUACCGGCAGCUGGUACUGAUGGAGAACCGGACCAGACACGUGAAGGUUGUGAUGUCACAAAACAGCUCUGUGACAUCACGGGUGACCGGGCUAGAAGAAAACUUGGCUCAUUUGACCUCUGACCUCAAUGCACUGAUGCAGCAGGUGACCCAUGUGUCUGACAACAUGCUAGAACUUGAUGAGUCAACCAACAAUAGCUUUUCCCAUGGUGCAUUGCUCCUGGAGAGCAUCAGCAGCCUUCAAGUCCGCAUUCAUGAGCUGCAGAUGGAGGCGGGGCGUCUGAACCGGACCAGCGAGAAUGAGCUAAAUUCAACCAAUAAGGUGCAGGUGCAGGAACAGAUGGAAUCCAUGCAGGAAACCAUCAGACACGUCAAUCUGAAAGCUGCCAGGUCUGCAGCCAAUCAGGAACUCAGGAUGUCAGAGUCUCUCAUCCACUCGCUGCAUGCGGACAUUCUUUCCAGCAGGGCAACAGUUCAGAACAGGCUCCGCCCCCUUCACGCCUCCAUUAUCGUUGCCAUGACAGCACUCCAACAUGCAAAUACACACCUCAAUAGGGCUGCACAGCGAACCUCAGAAACACACACUCUGCUGGAUUACACACACAAUCAGCUGCAGCGAUAUCAGCAGGCCCAUCAGAACUUAAGUGUUGUAGGUCAGUCUGUGGACAGAAUGAUGGAGGACAGUCAGUUCCUGCUGGAGGACACCAUCAGUCUGACGGAGGACUUAACAAACAGCAGUGCACAGGUGGAGGUGUUGGCGGUCCAGCUGGACCAGUGGCGCACGGCACUUAGGAGACACGUGGAUGCUUUGGUUGUUGGAUUAAAAAGGACAGAGGCUCUGGACAGUGUUUAUAGCGCAGAAAACCACACCCACCUGCUGAAGAGCCACGCCCACUCUAUGUACAGCUCCCUGUCGUCCAUCUGCAACGAGUCUCACAACUGCAGCCAGUUGGCUCACAUUAAUGAUGACAUCACAGAACGCAUUGACUCCGCCCAGCAGGUUGCCUCGACCGCCCUUUUUUCAGCCUCCCUCUCCUUCAACACGACGGUCCAAUCAGAGGGGACGCUUUCAGAGAUAGGCGGGGCCAAGAGGAAUGUCUGUUCUGCUGUUUUUGAGGAGAGCUGGCAGAUUAAAAAGAUGGCUGAAGAUUUGCAGCUGAAUGUUUCUAUGGCGACGAGCAGGCUACGAAUGGUGAGAGAUAGCAUUCGUAACUCCAGCUUCCGCCUUCAUCAGCCAGUCAAAGAGCUGUUGAGCCUCCCUAAUGGUUUAUUUGUGGUGGAGCAGCAGGUUCAUAAUCAGUCUGCAACAACACACUCUGGCCUGAGGGGGGCGCUGCAGCGGCUACAGAAACUCAGAGAGCAGCUGCAGGACUCUUCUUCUGUGGUGGAAAACACCAACAACACAGCGAGAGAGACUAAUGGCCUGAUGAUGCACACACACACCGCAGCCAAUGAGGCGACACGCAAGCUGGAGGAGGUGGAGCAUCGUACCCAGCGACUAAUGGAGAAAAUAAAGCCACUAAGCAUGCUGCGAGAAAUGCUGAGCAAGAACCUGUCGGACAUCAGAGAGUUGAUCGAUCAGGCCCGAAGACAGGCCGCAUCGAUAAAGGUGGCGGUCCAGGCGGAUGGAGACUGUGUUCGCUCCUACAGACCUCAUAUUCAGUCCAGUAACUUCAACACCUUGAGUCUGACCUUGAAGACUACCAGUCCAGAUAACCUGCUGUUCUACCUGGGCAGCAACACCACGGCUGAUUUUCUGGCUGUAGAGAUGCAUGAUGGGAAAGUUUCCCUGCUGUGGAACGUGGGUUCAGGAAGCACGCGGCUGGAGGUUCCUGGAAUGGACAUCACAAACAACCGAUGGACCAGAGUCAACGCUACACGGUUUGGGGCUCAUGGUACACUGUCAGUCCAUCAGCUAGACUCUGAGAUGGCUCCGUUGCCCACGGUAACAGGAUCAUCACCGGGUUCAUCACGAGUUUUAGACAUAGACAGAAAUACUGUCAUCCAUAUUGGAGGAGUGGGGGCUCAGAUUCAGCUCCCCACAGAGCUGCGCUCCACCUUCUUCCAGGGCUGCCUGGGUGAAGCUUCACUGAACGAGAGGAACAUCGGUCUGUGGAACUACGACAGUCGAGAGGGCAGGUGUGGAGGCUGCUUCAGCAGUCCUCAAGCUGAGGAGACAGCCUUCUACUUUGAUGGUUCUGGCUAUUCAUUGGUCCAGAAGUCUCUGCGAGCAACGACCACGUCUGUGGUGCUGCUGUUUAAAACUCUGUCUCCAGGUGGACUGCUGCUGUACCUGGCCUCCAAUAACACUAGGGACUUUUUGUCUAUAGAGCUGGUGGAGGGGCGUGUCCGCCUGACCUUUGACCUCGGCUCAGGUGUUCUAGUGCGGACCUCAAACAGGAAGUACAAUACAGGAAUGUGGUACAAGAUCACGCUGCAGAGGAACAAACGGAAAGGUUACCUGUCCAUUAUGGCAGCUGACCAAUCAUCAGAAAAGGAAGUGUUGGAGGCGGAGUCUCCUGGGACAUCCUCGGACCUGAACCGCUCCGACCUGGACCCGAUCUACAUCGGAGGACUUCCUUCGUCCAGACCAGUCAGGCGUCAGGUUGUGUCUAGGUCAUACAUUGGUUGUAUAAAGAACGUGGAGAUUGCUCGGUCCAACUUUGACCUGCUGAGAGAUGCUUAUGGAGUUCGGAAAGGUUGUGUCCUAAAGCCGGUUCGAAGUGUGUCGCUGCUCGCUGGAGGCUUCGUUCAGAUCAGUCCUCCAUCCUUCAGUCACGAAGCAGAGCUUCUCUUCUCCUUUUCCUCAAACAACCAAUCAGGAGUGCUGCUGGCUGCCUUUAGUGACGACCGAGCACACAGACAGCACUUCCUGUCUGCUCGCCUGGUUUCAGGUGCUGUGGAGGCAGAGCUUGGUGAUGUAGGAGGAGCCACUCGCAGCGUGUUGGUGAUGAAACCUGGAGGAUCUUUCAGUGAUGGAACAAAACACUCAGUGAUUAUUACCAUCAACAGGAAGUCUCUGUCUGUGCAGGUGGAUGAUGAACACCUGAGGUCUGUCUCUCUGUUGCCGGGCGCGUUUCAUCGUCUGUCUCCGUCCUCCGUCUUCAUUGGUGGACUGCCACCAAAUAAGAUACUCCGCCUCCCUGUCAGACUGCGGGGUGUUUCCAGGUCCUUCCAAGGCUGCAUCCAACACCUGGCGAUGGGCGGAGCGCUCGUUGACCUAUCAGGAGCUCUCAGGUAUGAAGGGGUGGAGUUUGACAGCUGUCUUUUAGAUGAGAGGAUCGAGGGGGCGGUGUUUCCUGAAGACCAGGAUGUAGAGCCAACACCUGACCCCACACACCUACCUUUAGCUCCGCCCACACACCUGAGUGCCCUGACACCUGAGGCUCUCAUGUGUGUGUCAGAGGAAGAACCGACCUUUCUGCUGCCAGCAGUUCAGUUUGGUUUGUCCAGACACAGUCACAUGACCUUCACUGUUAACCCCUCUACAGUCCGAAAGAGCAUGUCGGUGAGGUUGUCAGUUCGAAGCUGGGCUCUAGAUGGCUUGAUGGUCCUCCUCUCUGACUCCAAAAUGAUGGACUUCAUUGUCUUAUGUCUGAGAGGGGGCAAAGUCCAGCUGUCCGUUGAUCUGGGGAAAGGACCGGCCUCCAUCAACUCAUCUGUUGCCAUUAGCGAUGGCGAGUGGCACACUGUGAGUGCGGAGAUGAGCCGGCGGUCAGUCUCAGUGUCUGUUGAUGACUCGCCUCCACAGUCUGUCUCAGUCAAAGGAAACCAGCUGGAUGUUGACAACAGAUUUUACCUGGGAGGACUACCACACGGUGUGACGAGGAGGAAGAUAAAUGUCAGCAGCAGUUUCCCAGGUUGUGUUCGAUCUGUUACUCUGAACGGUGCCGUGUUGGAUCUGUCCAAGCCAGUCUCACAGCAUGAUGUCACUUCCUGUUUCACCAAGGACCAGGCAGGAAGUUACUUUAAUGGCAGUGGAUAUGCUGAACUGAUGCAUGAUGGGUAUAAAGUCGGCUCUGACGUGUCGGUGUCUCUGGAGUUUCGAACCAGCCAAUCAGAUGGAGUCUUCCUGGGAAUCAGCAGCGCAAAGGUCGAUGCUAUUGGACUAGAGAUGGUUGACGGACAGGUGGUAUUUAACGUAAACAACGGAGCAGGCCGAGUGUCUGUGCGGUCGACUGGUCAGAUGCUGUGUGAUGGACGGUGGCACCGCCUGCUGGCCAGAAAAACCAAACAUGUUCUGAUUCUGAGUGUAGAUGGACAGAAAUACAACACCCCAAACCCGUACCCACAAUCCACCUCUGCUGAGACCAACAACCCCAUCUACCUGGGGGGAUAUCCAGCCGGCGUUAAACAGAACUGCCUGUCGAUCAGCUCCAGGUUUAGAGGCUGUCUGAGAAACCUGCAGCUUGUCAAGUCUCACUUGACCAACACUCUCGACAUCAGCUCCGCCCACUUCCUGUUGGGCAUCACUCCUAACUCAUGCCCUGCUGCCUAGUAAUGCUGUGCCAGGUCCAGAAAUGUUUCAUGAUACAGAAGUUGUACUGUUGAUGAUUGAUGGAUAAUAAACAUUCCUGUUCAGCAAAUUAAAGCUGCCAGUUUUUUGUUUGUGUUGAGAGCCAACAUCAUGUUGGAGACCACCCGAUGAAAAAAAUCAGUUACAUUUAUUGAAUGUGUAAAAAAGGACAUCAAAGAACACCCUGUAAUUAAACACUGAA